UGUCAAAUGUAACGGAUCAAGAAUCGAGAACAAACAAGCUGAUAAGUUGUUCUAUAAAUAGUUUUGAUAAGACAUUUGGAUUAUUUUGUGAAGGGUUUUCUCUAAAAGUUAAGAUGAAUUUUGCUGGAAAAGUUGUAAUCGUUACUGGCGCCAGUUCUGGCAUUGGCGCAGCUACGGCAGUAUUCUUGUCAAGACUUGGCGCGAAGCUCUCACUGACCGGUAGAAAUGUCGAGAACCUCAAGAAAGUGAACAGCGAUUGCGAAAAAUCCACACCCACGUUUGUAGUUCCUGCCGAUUUGAAUAAAGAAAGCGAUAUAGAGAAAAUUGUCAAGAGUACUGUAGAUCAUUACGGACAAAUUGAUGUAUUGGUGAACAACGCCGGUAUUAUUGAAACUGGUACCAUAGAGACGACAAGUCUCGCACAAUACGAUCGUCUAAUGAACACUAAUGUACGCUCGAUUUACUACUUGACAAUGCUAGCAGUUCCACACUUGAUAAAAUCCAAAGGUAAUAUUGUAAAUGUAUCUAGUGUGAAUGGCAUUAGAUCAUUUCCUGGAGUGUUAGCAUACAAUAUAUCUAAAGCCUCAGUAGAUCAGUUCACACGCUGUGUUGCUUUGGAACUGGCACCAAAGGGUGUUAGAGUGAACUGUGUCAACCCAGGAGUCAUUUUGACAGAGUUACAAAAACGUGGGGGUUUGACCGAGGAACAAUAUGCAGCCUUUUUGGAGCGCACAAAGGAUACCCAUGCAUUAGGACGUCCAGGGAAGCCAGAAGAAGUUGCUGCUACAAUUGCUUUCCUUGCAAGUGACUUGGCAUCCAAUAUCACUGGAGCCAGCUUGCCAGUGGAUGGUGGCCGCCAUGCAAUGUGCCCCCGAUAGGACUUAUGACUUAACUGAAGAAUAUGUUUCACAAACAAUAUACAACUAUUUUGAGCAAUUUGAUUGUACUUAGCAUUUAAGAAUAACUGGGGAUUUUUAUAUACUGCCAUAUACAUUUUGUUAUUUUUUUUUGAAAAUAAAAAG